GUGUUUUUUCUUUCACACGUGGGGAUUUAACAAUUCUUAGCUCUCACCAACAUGGCCGCGUGCAGUGUGGAAGAGCUGUUAGUCAAAGCUGAGCAAGAAGAGGCAGAAAAACUGAAAAGCAUCACUGUGAAGAAAGACCUCGACCUGGAGUUUGACAUCGGUAACCUGCUAGCUUGUGACAAAAACACCGUCGACUCGCGGGACUUUAGAAAGCAGAAGAAAGACGACUUCCUGCGGUUGUUAGCUCGUGACAACACGCAGCUGCUCAUCAACGAGAUCUGGAAACAGCCCACGGAAAGGGUCGAGGAGGCGAUAGUGUCCAAAUUACCAGAGCCGACGACCCCGCUGCCCAGAGAGAAGCCACCUCCGAAGCCUAAAGCUCCAUCAAAAUGGGAAGAGUUCGCCAAGCUGAAGGGCAUACAGAAGAAGAAGAAGACCAACCUGGUUUGGGAUGAGACCGCGAAGGAGUGGAAGAGGCGCUGGGGCUACAAGAGGGCCAAGGAUGACACCAAGGAGUGGCUGAUUGAGGUGCCGGAGACCGCAGACCCAAAUGAGGACCAGUUCGCCAAACGCACCAAAGCCAAGACUGAGAGAGUGGCUAAAAACGAGUUCAACAGGCUGAAGAACAUCGCCCGGGCACAGAAGGUCAAACUGCCAGGUGUGGGGCUUACGCCUACAGCCCAGCAGUCUAAAGACGACCUGUCAAAAGCUGUAAGUGUGGCCAGAACCUCCACAGCAUCUGUGGGGAGGUUCCAGGACCGCCUGCCUAAAGAGAAACCACCAAAGAACACAGGCAAGAAGAGGAAGUUUGAGCCCCUCAUCGGCAACUUUUCUAGCGAGAAGCAGAAGCAGCUGGAGCUUCUGAAACUCAUGGACAGCAAGAAGCCCAAGUUGGACAUCACCAAGGCUGUCAAUAAGCAGAUGAGAGAGGACGACAGAGAGGAGGCCUCAGCUAAGUACAAGAAGGGAGCAGGGAAGAAGGGACGCAAAGGCAACAUGUCAGGAAAGGGGAAAGGAAAUGGUGGGAAAGGAAAAGGAGGCAAAGGAAAAGGAGGUAAAGCUGGAGGAGGAGGAGGAGGAGGAGGGAAGAGGAGAGGCAAACCUGGGAAGCAUUGAGGACUCUUAACAUCCUGUAUCCUGCUAAAUCAGUUUUGUGCCUUGGCAUCAAAUCAUUGGACUGAACAUGAAUGAUGCAAUAUAAAAUGACUGUUUGAUUAACCUGGGAAUGAUGGAUGCAAUGUUGUGACUGUCUAUUUCACUAAGUUUAUACCGUCAUUACAUCUGUAAAUAUCAGUCUCAGCAUUCAUAGAGAAUAACUGAUAAUGUGUAAUAUUGAUGGAAAAAUACUUUAACUGCAGCCCAAAUUAAAAUCACUAGAUUGUG